AUGGAGUCAAGAAUUUUUAAUACAAAUUUAUAUCAAAAUGUAAAAAAUGAAACAAAACCAUAUCGUUUAUUUAUUCAAAAAAUUAAAAAUGAUUGGUCAUUUACUUUAUCAGGUAUGAUAGCAUUUAAUUUACUUACUGCAUUAUUACCUAUGGCAAUAAUUUUAUUUGGUAUACUUGGUCUUAUUCUUGGUAAUAAUAUUAAUUUACAAAAUCAAAUAAAAAUGAAUAUAAUAAAUACAUUUCCACCAAAAAUCAAUGAUAGUUUAAAUGAAAUAAUAAAUCUAGCAUUUGAAAAAUUAUAUUAUGAUGCUAAAAUUAUUUUAAUAUUUGGAAUAUUAUUUUCUAUUAUUGGUUGUUUAAGAUUAUUUAUUGCUAUUGAUAAAUGUUUAACAAUUAUUUAUCGUAUUGAAGAAAGAAAAUUUUUAAAAAAAUAUUUUUUAUCUAUUAAAAUAUUUUUUCUUUUUCUUAUACUUAUUCCAUUAAUGAUAAUAACAUCAUCAAUUCCAUCAAUUUUUUCAAAUAUGAUUUCAAAUAUAGGUAGUCGUUUUAGUACAUAUUUCUUUGGAUUUCUAUCAAGUUUAUUUUUAACAUUUCUUUUAUUUGAAAUAAUUUAUUUUUUAAUACCAAAUAAAAAAAUGACAUUUAAACAAACAUGGUGUGGUGCAAUUAUUGCUGCUAGUGCUCUUCAAUUAUUUAUGAUAUUUUUUCCAUUUUAUAUUCGAAAAUAUAUGAUGAGUUAUACAGGUCAAAUUGGUUUUUCAAUUAUUUUAAUAUUAUUUCUUUUCUAUUUUGCUUUUAUAAUGAUAUUAGGUGCACAAAUUAAUGCUUUCUUUUUUGAACAUAUUCAACCAUUACCUGUUUCACUUGGUACAUUUAUUAAUAAACUUGUUCAAGAUUAUAAUAUGAAAACAAUAGAACAUCAUUGA